GCUUGUGCUGGGGGCUGCAGAACUGCACCCAGGACUCCAGGUGGGGUCUGAGGAGCGCAGAGGCACAGCCAUGGUUGUGCUCCCUCCCAGCUGCCUCUGCCUUGGCUCCUGACGCUGUCCUUGCCGGUCUCUCGCACAGCAGCUGAGCUCUGGGAUCAGGGCCGGGAUGCAGGAGGAGCCCGGAGGCAGCUCCAUGAGCGCCGAGCGCGGCCAGGAGGAUGCCGAGGAUGCCAGCUGCCAGCUGCACCAGGAAAGGAGAAGCUUCGUCCUGUAUUUCCUGGACUCCACCCUGAACCUCAGCGAGCUCCAGAGCCACCAGAGGAGAGUGGAGCAGCUGAAGAAGUGCUACUUUUACCUGGAGGUCGAGCCCAAGUACGUGGUGGUGACAGAGCAGCAGCACUUCAUCGACAUCUUCGAGCUGAUCGACCCUUGGCAGUUCCAGAGGAUGAAGGCGGUGGGGAAGGACCAGGUGAGGAUCCAGCUGGCGCUGCUGGGCGAGCUGCUGGAGCAGCUGGAGCGGGGGCAGGAGGAGCUGCGGGCGCACACCGAGAGCCGUGAGCCCGGCCCGUUCCUGGCGCAGUGGCCGCGGCUGCAGCGCAGGCUGCGCAGGCUGAGCCGCUACGCGCAGCAGCUGCGGGCGCUGCGGCAGCCGGGCCGGGUGGCCCCGCGGCACCGCCUGCUGGCCCCGCUGGAGGCUCAGCGCCGCCGCAUCGCGCUGCCGGCCCUGCGCCUGGCCCUGGCCACCAAGCCGCCGCUGCUCUUCCGCCGCGACAAGUCCUUCGCCGACGCCACCUGGGUGCGCCUGAAGUGGUGCAGCGAGGACCAGGAGUGCUACCCGGAGGAGCACUACGAAGUGUACGUGCGGCUGCUGGCCGGCGGCUCGGAGCGCAGCUUCAGCAGGUUCCAGCUGGCCAGCGGCGACAGCUGCAAGGUGGAGGGGCUGGAGCCCGGCAGGCUCUACGAGUUCACCGUCCUCAGGCCAGCCACGCAGACCCUCGUCUUCCGAAACUGGCAGGACACCAUCACGCUGAGGACGAAGCCCUAAGGAUGCCCUGGGAGCUGAGGAGAGCAGCAGUGGUGCCCUGGGAGCUGAGGAGAGCAGCAGUGGUGCCCUGGGAGGGGCAGCUGACACCCAGCAGCUCUCUCCUGCUGACCACUUGUGAAUAAAGAUGGAUAGGAGGGGAAAAAUAAA